UGUGUGUGUCAAUAUAAAUCAGUCAGUCCGUGACGGUGAUCAGCUGUUUGAAACCUGCCGUCCUCUCAACACCUGUCAGUGCUGCUCUCAGGUAGUCACCAUGAGUCCAAAACAUGUCGUCUUUAAGAAAGUCUCCCGCGACAAGUCGGUGACGGUCUACAUGGCCAAGAGAGACUUUGUGGAUCACUGUGACUUUGUGGAUCCAGUUGAUGGAAUCGUUUUGAUUGAUCCAGUGCAGGUCAAAGGAAAGAAAGUGUAUGUGAUGCUGUCCUGUACCUUUCGGUACGGCCGUCAAGACAUGGAUGUGAUGGGCGUGGCCUUCAGGAGAGACCUGUUCCUGGUCAUCCGGCAGGUUUACCCUGAGCUGCAAGACAAAGAGAAGCUGACUCACACCAAGAUCCAGCAGAAACUGCUCCGAAAGCUGGGAAACAACGCCUACCCCUUCUUCUUCGAGUUUCCAGACAACUUGCCGUGUUCGGUGGCUCUGCAGCCUGGACCCUCUGACGAGGGAAAGAAAUGUGCGGUGGAGUUUGAGGUCAAGGCUUUCUGUGGUGACAGUCAUGACGACAUCAACAAACAGAGUUCGGUCCAUCUCACCAUCCGUAAGAUUCAGUUCAGUCCAGAAGACACUAAAGUGACUCCUUUAGCAGAAACCACCUUCGAGUUCCUAAUGUCUGAGAAACCUCUGAACGUAAAACUGAGUCUGCCCAAAGAGACCUUCUACCAUGGGGAACCCGUCCCAGUGACCAUAGAGAUCACAAACUCCUCCAACAGGAACAUCAAAGACAUCAGCAUCUCAGUCGAACAGGUGACCAACAUUAUUCUGUAUGCCAACGACAAGUAUGUCAAAUCAGUGGCUAAAGAAGAGACGUGUGACUCAGUUCCCUCUGGUACCAGUCUAAAGACCAACUACACCUUGUAUCCUCUUCUGGCUCACAACAAGGACAGACGAGGACUUGCACUGGAUGGACGAAUCAAACACGAGGACACAAACCUGGCUUCAUCAAGCAUAGUGAAGCAGGAGGUGCUGAGGGAGGUCCAGGGGAUGCUCGUCUCCUACAGGGUCGUGCUGAAGAUGAUCGCUUCUGGGACGAUUGGAUCCAGCGAGCUGUCUCUGGAGCUUCCUUUCAAACUGAUGCAUCCAAAACCUGAACCAGCCAAACCCAGCGAUUCAGAUGACAUGGUCUUUGAGGAGUUUAAACGAGCCUACCUGAAGGGCGUGGUUUACGGGGACGAUGAUGAGUCUCCCACAGAGGCAUAAAUUACAAAGAUGGCCGUUGCUUCCUGAUUGGUCGGGUCACCCUGUGACAACGUCGGCUGUGAUUAAUGAUAAUGAUAGUCUGCUAACGAUGACAACGAUGAUGAGGAGACAUUUUGAACCUUUAAAGAUUAAAUUAGAUUAAAAUCAGAUUGUUUUUCUGUUAAAUAUCUUAAUAUGUUAAUUAAAAAAUUUACAGUCCGUUUAAGUAAAAAAACUUUAGACAUAAAUUAAAGAUUUAGUUAAAAAAUUUAAACGAUUUACAUAUUUUGUAUAAUUUUGUUAGUUUGUACAUUAAUCUGAUGAUGAAGCAUCAUAAUGUGAUUUAGUCUGAUUUAAAUAAACAUAGUCUGUGUCUGUAUACAUAUAUAAUGUGUGUUUGACUGUAUGGAUCUGCUUCAGUCAUUAAUGUAAAAGUCUGCUCUCAAUAAUACAAAGAAAAACAUUGUUUGUUUAUUAAAAUUAAUAUUAAUGAGGUUCAUGAAUAUUAAUGAGGUGUUGUUGUUUCAUGUUUUUAAUAUUUUAUUAUCUAUUGAUGAUUGUGAACGUCAUGGUCAGAGUUAUGAAACGUAUGGAUGACCGACUGAAGCUGAACACGACAUUUAACAUGAAAAGUACCUGAUCCAGGUGAGUUCAUGUCUAUGCUAACGUUACAUCACAGUGUGGAAGACGAACCUGUGGACGGUUAAAUGUUGAUCUGAUCAUCAUGGAAUGAAAUCUAAUCCUCUACGGAGCCUCAGGAGGAUCGAAAUAUAUCAUUGUGUUCUCAAACUUGUGGAUCUUCAGACAUCCUGAGUUCAGUUUGAGAGUUCAGCUUCCUCCUCACAUGUCCGAGAAGACAGCAAAGUGGUUUGUCACUGUUUGAGGCCACUGUGGUCGAAUCAUCAGGGUGCGAACACACCUGAAGACAGGUUCAGGUUCAGGAUCCUCUGAACCUCCUCUGACCCUCCUCUGGACUUCUAAACCUCCUCUGAAAUUCUUAUGGACCUCAUCUGAACUGUCUCUGAAUCCUUAAACUUCCUCUGAAGCUCCUCUGGACCUCUUCUAGCCCUCCUCUAAACUUCUGGGUCCCUCUGGACCUCCACUGAGCUUCUGGACGACCUCUUCUGGAUCUCCACUGAACCUCCUCUGGACCUUCACUGAACCUCUUCUGGACCUCCUCUAGACUUCUGGGCCCCCUCUGGACCUCCUCUGAGCUUCUGGACGACCUCCUCUGGAUCUCCACUGAACCUGCUCUGGAGCUCCUCUGAACCUCUUCUGGACCUCCUCUGAACUUCCGGACCUCCACUAAACCUGCUCUGGACCUUCACUGAACCUCCUCUGAACCUCUUUUGGACCUCCUCUAAACUUCUGGACCUCCUCUGAACUUCCAGACCUCCACUAAACCUGCUCUGGACCUUCAACGAACCUCCUCUGGACCUCCUCUGAACCUCUGGACCUCCUCUAAACUUCUAAACCUCCUCUGAAUCUCAGGACCUCCCUGGACCUCCUCUGAACUGGACAGUGAACUUCUGGAUCUCCUCUGGAUCGCCACUGAACCUCUUCUGGAGCUCCUCUGAAUUUCUGGACACUGAACUUCUGGACCUCUUCUGGAUCCCCACUGGAACUUCCUCUGAACCUCCUCUGGAGCUCCUCUGAACCUCUUCUGGACCUCCUCUGAACCUCCUCUGGACCUCCUCUGGACCUUUGAACUUCCGGACCU